AGAUUGAAUCAGAGAAAUGGCUUACAGAAAUCAAACUUUGGUUACUGAGUUUUUUUUCAUGGGAUUAACAAAUCACUUCCAGUACCAGGUUGUGCUCUUUCUGGUAUUUCUCUUUGUUUAUCUUGUCACUCUCCUGGGGAACUUGGGGAUGAUCACUCUCAUUUGGUUGGAUUCCCGACUCCACACCCCCAUGUACUUUUUUCUCAGCCACUUGUCCUUUGUGGAUGUCUGCUCCUCUUCUGUCACAGGUCCCAAGAUGUUGACUGAUAUCUUCACAGAGAAAAAAGUCUGUGUGCAGCUAGUGGUGGGGCCUUAUGCCAUGGGCCUUAUUAGCACCUUGACCCAUACGACUUUUGCCUUCCACCUACCCUAUUGUGGUCCAAAUAUCAUCAAUCACUUCUUCUGCGACCUUCUUCCUGUUCUCUCUCUGGCAUGUGCAGACAUCCACGUCAAUAAAUUUUUGCUUUUCACUCUUGCUGGAGCCCUGGGAGUGCUCAGUGGUGUGAUCAUCUUGGUCUCCUACAUCUACAUUCUCAUUGCCAUCCUGAGGAUCCACUCUGCUGAUGGGAGGCGCAAAGCCUUUUCUACCUGCUCUUCCCACCUGACAGCUGUCUCCAUCCUUUAUGGGACACUUUUCUUUAUCUAUGUACGUCCAAGCUCUAGUUUCUCUCUGGACAUCAAUAAAGUGGUUUCCUUGUUCUACACAUCAGUGAUCCCCAUGUUGAACCCACUUAUCUACAGCCUGAGAAAUAAGGACGUCAAAGAUUCAUUCAGAAGGAAGAUUGAAAGGAAGAAGUUUCUUAGAGGUAGGUGA